UUAAAUCUGAAGACGAGGCUCUAAGAUGGCCUUGACUGUGGCAGACAGAGCCGUUGGGGCCAUUAUUGGGGCAGCAGUGGCAGAUGCAGCAGCCCAGCCCAUGCACUGGAUUUACAAUCCAGACAGGCUGAAGGAAGUUCUCUCUGAUCUGGAGCCUUGUCCCGAGUUCCGCCCUCAGUCAGCCAAUCCUUUCUACCGCAGGACGACUGGCGAGCAGAGCUGCUACGGGGACCAGGCCUACGUCCUGCUGGAGUCCCUGAGCCAGUGUGGAGAUGUGAAUGUUGAAGACUUGACCCAGCGCAUCUACAAGUUCUUCGGCCCAGGAACAGUGUACGACCUGCCGCUCAAUGAUCCUUACAGGAAGAAGGGAGGUCCCAAAGCCAUCCUCCCCAUAGAUGGCCCAUGGAGAAACGGGAGCCUAAAAGCUUUCUUCAGAAAUGUGGAUGCUGGCAAAGAAGAAACUGGCUGUGACAAGGACUGUCAGAUGGAUGGCGUCACCAAGCUGGCUCCGCUGGUCGCCAUGUACGCUGGCCGACCCGAGAUGCUGGAGAAAGUGGAGGAAGCCAUGCGGGUGACCCAGAACAAUGACAUGUGUGUGGCUGUGACACUGGCUGCAGCAAGGUUUUUGGAGCAUUUCAUUGUGAACGGUCCUGAUCCCAAUGCUCUGGAUGCAGUUCUGGCUCAGUUGAAUGACCCAAAGAGACAGAACCCUCAGGAUCUGGACCGGGCUGUCAUUGCUCAUAUCCACCAGGUGAAGGACAAUCUGGGCAAGACGUCCCAACAGCUCGUACCUGCUGUGUUCACAAACACCUGAGCUCUGCCUGGUGCGUUCCAGGGAGCGCUUCAUGGCGUCCUGAGGCUGAAACAGCUGGAUGAAGCCGUCAGAGACACCAUGCGCUGCGGGGGAUGCACCGCCAGCCGGUCCUCCUUCAUUGGAGCCUGUUUUGGGGCCCAGACCGGUGUCCAGGGAAUCCCAGAGUCCUGGAGGAAGAGGACGCUCAGAUACCCUCUGCUGCUGGAGCUAGCCCAAAAAGUGGUCCAGAGAAUCAAACAAUAGAAGUUUAACUUUGAUUUUUACCCCAAAUACAUAAUACAAACAUACAAAAUCAUCAUAUAUGAAGUAUUUAUGAAGUGUGAUUAUAAAAGCUAUUUCAGAAAAGUUGCAGAUGUACUUUGACACGACAAUCCAUGACAGUUUUAUUCUAAAGUCUUGUACUGAAUGAACCUUGAAGCCAUUUGCUCUGUCAAAGCCGCAUCAUGUAAGCAAGUGAAAGUCUGUGCAGGGUAUUUAUGUUUCGUAGAACAGCUGUUCUCAACCUUGGGGUCGGGACCCCAAUUGGGGUCGCGAGAUGAUUUUUGGGGGUCGCCAAAUCAUUUAGGAAGUCAGCUCUGUCUCCAC